AUGUCUCAGGAGAAUGACACAUGGAAGAAAGAGGCCCUGGGGGAUGAGCUUGCCGCCAUGAGGCUGCAGAAGCUGGAACAGCAGCGGCGGCUGUUUGAGAUGAAGCAGCGACGGAAGCGCCAAGAGCCCCUCAUGGUUCAGGCCAAUCCUGACGCUUCCCUGCGGCCCCGGCGACCGCGGCAGCGGAAGGAGCGAUUCUCGGGUGACAGCGGCCCCGGGAACCCUUUCCUUCAGGAGAACGUGCCAGAGACACAUCUGCGCCCUGGUGCCCGCAGUGGCCUGAGCACGGUGAGCUGCGGUGGAGAUGGCAGUGGCGAGCGUGGACCCCUGGUAUCGCCGACAGAAGCAGACAGUUCCGAUCUCGAGUUGGAGGAAGUCUCCGUGGAGGAUGUUCCUGCCUCACCACCUCCUUAUAAAGAGCCUCCGGGGACUCGGCGCAGGGGUUGGCCAGCCCGCCAACGACCUGGGGGCAGUGCUGAGGACGAGAGCGAAUCCCAGGAUAUUGGAGAUGAAUACGAGGGCGAAGACCUGGAAGAGAAGAAAGAGGAAUCGGAGUCUACAGUGAGGAACUCCCCAUGCGCGGCCGACGAAGAGGUGUCCGAGGCCCCGGGAGGCGCGGGCAACAGCGAUGUGGGGAGCUCGUUCCGCUCGCCUCCCUGCGCCCCAGGCCCUCGGCUGGGCGAGGACAUGGAAGCGUAUGUGCUGCGGCCAGCGCUGCGCGGUCGCACGGUGCAGUGUCGCAUCAGCCGCGACAAGCGCGGGGUAGACAAGAGCAUGUUCCCUUUCUACUAUCUCUACCUGGAGGCGGCCGACGGCCGAAAGCACUUCCUUCUGGCUGGGCGCAAGAGAAAAAGGAGCAAAACCUCUAAUUACCUCCUCUCCCUGGACCCCACAGACCUAUCUCGGGAUGGGGAAAAUUUUGUGGGCAAAGUCAGAUCUAAUGUAUUGGGCACCAAAUUCACCAUCUUCGACAAUGGGGUGAAUCCAGAAAGGAAGAAUUUUGUCCCAGAGACUGCUCGGAUCAGGGAGGAGCUGGGGGCUGUGUGUUAUGAGACCAACGUCUUGGGAUUCCGAGGGCCCCGGAAAAUGACUGUGAUCAUUCCAGGAAUCGACGCCCAGAACCAGAGAAUCAGUGUCCAGCCACAAAAUGAACAGGAGUCGCUAUUGAGUCGCCUCCAACGGGGGGCCAGCCAGGGGCUGGUCCUGCUGCAAAAUAAAGCCCCAUCGUGGAGCGACGAGAGCGGCGCCUACGUGCUCAAUUUUCAUGGUCGCGUCACUAGGACCUCGGUCAAGAACUUCCAGAUCGUGCAUCCGGAUGACCGUGAGUUCCUAGGAACUGGUUUACCUGGGCAAGGGAGCAGGACAAGAACUACUUCUCCCAUUAGCACUUGAGCGUU